AUGGCUAGCCUCACCGUCUGGAAGCGUCUCCCUGGCAAGUUGUUGCUCGCCACGAUCAACCUCGUCGCCGCAACCGCCCUCAUCUUCGAAGGGUACAAUCAAGGCGUCUAUGGCACCAUCAGCGGUACGCCGGGCUUCAUAGCCAUGGCAGGUAUUGGUAGUGACGGCAUCGUUACCGACGUAACCAAGCAGGGCGGCCUCGCUGCAGCCUACUAUUUUGGCGCCAUGUGGGCAUGCUUCAUCGGUGGGUGGGUGGGCGACACCAUCGGCCGUCGACGUGGAACGGCUCUUGGGGCCGCCUUCGGCAUCGUCGGCGCCGCGCUUCAAGCUUCAAGCCGAGGCGCGUGUAUGUUUCUGUUCGCUCGCGUCGUCGCCGGCAUCGGUGUCGGUUUCGUCAACUCCAUCGUCCCGCCGUGGGUCAGCGAGCUGUCCGAAUCGCACGACCGCGGUGCCUGCUUCUCCCUGGUCUUCGUCGCCAACUACCUCGGCGUCGUCCUCUCCUACUGGAUCAACUUUGGCCUGCGCGACGCCGAUCCUUCAUUCCGUUGGCAGUGUCCACUCGCUUGCAUGAUCCUCCCGCUUCUCGUAGUUCUCGUGGCACUGCCAUUUCUCCCAGAGUCUCCUCGAUGGCUUCUCGCCAACGACCGACGCAACGAUGCCAUCGACAUCCUCUGCAAGUUGCGCGGCGAUCUCGCCUCUGACGACGUCAGCAUCCGCCGUGAGCUCGAGCAGAUGGACGCCCUCGUCGAGGCAACACGGCACAAGCGCAACCGCCUCGUUCACGUCAUCCUCGGCGGCCGUCACUCAGGUCCCUUACACCUCGGUCGCCGUGCCGUCAUGGGCUUCGCCCUCCAGUGGAUUCAGCAGUGGUCCGGCAUACUCGCUGUCGUCGGUUGGGCGGGCACCCUCUUCGCCCUCGCCGGCUUCGGCACCCACAAGUCUCUGCUCCUCGCCGGCCUAGCCAAUGCCGUUGGCGUCCCUGGCACGGCCGCUGCGGCCCUCGUCGUCGACCGCAUAGGCCGCGUCAGGUCCCUGCUCGCAUCCUUUGUCCUCCAGGCCGCCUGUCUCUUCUCCAUCGCCAUCCUCAUCAAGGCUAGCCAGGAUGCCGCCGCCGCCGCGGACUCGGAUCGGGCCUCUCGCCUGGGCACCGCCGCCGCCUCCUUUGUGUUUGUCUAUACCUGGUUCUUCACCAUGUUCAACAUCAUCCCUGCUUGGUGUUACGGUACCGAGAUUUGGCCGCCGGAGAUUCGUGCCAAAGGCUACAGCUUCACCAUAUUCGGCUGGGCCACCGGUUGCGGAAUGACCCAAUUCCUCAUCCCCAUCAUGCUGAGCAGGCUCGGCUACGGGACGUACAUCUUUUUCGGCGCCAUCAACAUGGUCGUACUCCCCAUCAUCUGGCUCUUCUACCCUGAAGUCGCCAACCGCUCCCUCGAGGAAGUGUCGCUACUCUUCACCAGCGACAACCCGCUGGUGAGUAGCAACAUGCGUGAGUAUCAUCGCCGCGUCGACGAGGCCGGCGGCAACGUAGCCGUCGCCGCCAGAAGGCUCCUCGAUGAGGCUUCCCAGCCGUCGGUCAGCUCCACUCCCGUGGUACGGCACGAAGCCAAGAAGGGCGCAAAAGGUUCGCCUCCCAUUCAAGUGCAGGAGAAGGGGGUUGUGCAAAAUACAGCCACAGAUAGAUAG